AUGGCGAUAAAUUGGCCAGCACUGCUCUCCAUAGGAGUGUUUUAUGUAAUCGUACUGGGCACAGGUAUCUGGGCAUCCAGGAAGUCCAAACGUGAAGAGAAGAAGUGCACUGGGAACCGCAGUGAGGUCACAAUGGUUGGAGGGAGGAACCUAAACAUCUGGGUCAGCAUCUUCACAAUGACAGCCACUUGGGUUGGAGGAGGCUAUAUUUUGGGUUGUGCUGAAGUGGUCUACGAUCCAACAAAGGGGUUGGUGUGGGCUUUGCUAGUACCAGUUGGCUUUGCCAUAAACCUCAUUAUUGGUGCCCUCUUCUUCAUCAAACCAAUUCGGACGAAGAACUAUGUCACCCUCAUGGACCCAUUUCAAGAGAAAUAUGGCAACACUGUAGCUGCCAUUCUUUUCAUUCCUGCUCUCAUAGCCGAUGUCUUGUGGAUAGCAUGUAUUCUUGGUGCACUGGGAGGGACGGUAAGUGUCAUCGUGGACAUCUCCUCCAUGCUGGCUGUGUGCAUCUCUGCCGCUGUGGCUAUCCUUUACACAUUGAUGGGAGGACUGUACUCUGUGGCCUAUACUGAUGUCAUCCAGCUUACCUUCAUGAUCUUCUCCUUGUGGCUCUGUGUGCCUUUUAUCCUGACAAGCCCCUACUCUGCUAACAUCACUGUUGCUGCAGUAACCAAGCUGCACCAGGAGCCAUGGCUCGGCAAGCUGGAGCUGGCAGAUGCAGGUUGCUGGAUAGAUGACAUACUGACACUGGUCAUUGGAGGGCUCUGCUACCAGGUUUUCUACCAGAGAGUGUUGUCUACAGCCACUGAUGCCCAAGCAAAGAUCACCUGUUUUGCUGCAGCAGUAUUAUGUCCAAUCCUUGGCGUCCCAUCACUCAUCAUUGGGGCAGCAGCGGCAUCUACCAAUUGGAACCAGACCACCUUCGGUUCACCCAGCCCGUUAGAACAGGGAAAAGCUGGUAUGAUCUUGCCAAUUGCCCUUCAACAUCUCUGCCCUUUCUACGUGUCACUGUUUGGUAUGGGAGCACUUGCUGCUUCAGUGAUGUCGUCAGUGGACUCUGCACUUCUGUCUGCUGCUUCCCAACUGGGCCGAAACAUCUUCAAGAACAUCAUCUACAAACAGGCAUCAGAAAAAAUGAUUAUCGUGAUGGUUAAAAUGUCAGUCCUCCUGUGCGGACUAAUAGGAGCAGGACUGGCCUUGACAUCAUCGUCCAUUUUCCUGUUCUGGAUGAUCAGCGCAGAUGUCAUGUAUUCAAUGCUGAGUCCCCAGGUGAUAUGCACCUUCUACUUAUCUCGGUGGGUGAACAGCUAUGGGGCCUGUUCUGGCUUUGUGGUGGCAAUACUGCUGAGAGCUCUGGUUGGGGAACCCUCGAUAGGCCUGCCUGACGUGCUGCCCCUGCCCUGGGACAGGAUACAGGGGGACGGUCACCGAUACCGCUUGUUUCCUUUUCGCACCGCCAUCAUGCUUAUCACCACUGGGACAAUUUUAUUAACAUCACGCCUUGCUAUGUGGCUGUCUGGGAGAGGGCUGCUGAGAAGAAUAAGUGAUGCUGAAACGGACACAAACAUAUAUCACAUGGCACCAGUCCAAACAGAUGUGGAGGAGAAGGGCAGAUUUAAUGAAGAACAUUCAGAGCUUAAGCGAUAG